AUGUCCAAUGCCUUUUCUGCAUUAGAUAGGCUGAAAAAUAGAACGAAUUCGUCAUCCGAGGAUGUAAAGUCAAGCAAUCGGAAAUUACCAAGAUCCACUUCUGCAAAUAGUGUAUUUGCAAGCAUUCCGAUGCCUAGAGCCAGUUCAAGCGAGAAAAGCCAGGAAAGCAACAAACCCUUGGAGUCGAGAGUGAAGCCUUCAAAACUGAGUUCUGUUUUACGUGCUCAAUCCAAGUUUUCUGGCCAAACUUCGGUCGUUUCUUCUAAAUCAACAAAAUCGCUAACCAGAUCUGCGAUCAGCAAACUCCCGCUAACAAACAGAACACUCACAGGAAGGAGCAAUCGACUACAGAGAACAUUACCAUGGGCAACCACGUCGCUAAUAGAUGUGAGGUCAAAAGUCAAGCUGAAAGAACAUCAUAUCGAGGACAAAACAAAGUAUAAACCAAAGUAUGCGUCAGCCGAGCAAUUAUCAAUAGUCAGCAAAAAGGAGGAUCCUAAAGAAUAUUCUUAUCUACAAAGCAUUGACUCGAAUUACACUGAGGUUGAUUUAAGUGAUGAGCAAAAACAUGUUCUUGAUUUGAUAUUGAACAAGAGGAAAAAUGUGUUUUUUACAGGUUCUGCAGGAACUGGUAAGUCUCUUCUUUUAAGAGUUAUUAUAGGCAAGUUGAAAACCAGAUAUGGCAUAUCAAAUAUAGGUAUAUGUGCACCCACGGGAUUGGCAGCAGCUAAUAUUGGUGGUAAAACAAUUCAAAGACUUUUCAGUAUUGGAUUGGGUAAGGAUCCAGCUGAUGUAUUGCUGAAUAGGAUCAAGAAAAACAUGGAAAAGUAUAUGGUUUGGAGGAGAAUGGUUGUUUUGAUUGUCGAUGAAGUCAGUAUGCUUGAGGCUGACUUGUUGGAUAAACUGAAUUAUCUUGCGAAAAAGAUUAAAAGAAACGACCAGCCGUUUGGCGGUAUCCAAGUGAUUAUGUCUGGGGACUUCUUGCAGUUACCGCCUGUUACGAGGGAUCCUACCUAUGUGAAUUACUGUUUCAAAUCUAAAUCUUGGAAUGAAAUUAUAACGGAAAAGAUUGUCUUAUCCCAGGUUUUCAGACAGCAGGGGGACACGGAAUUAGUGGACAUCCUAAAUGCGCUAAGAAUAGGAAGAGUGGACUAUCACAUCGAGAGUAAACUAAGGAAACUAUCUAGACCUCUGACAUAUGAUGAUGGUAUUCAAGCAACCGAAUUGUUCCCCACGAGAAACGAAGUGGAACGUGCCAACCUUCAGCAACUUGAACAGUUACAGGGCCCGGAACUUACUUUCCCCUGUAAAGAUAUCUCUACCUAUGGUGCCCCUAUCGACGAAAGAGUGAUGAGGAAUUUUGACAACUUGAUGUGUUCGCAAACCUUGAAACUAAAGCCAGGAGCACAAGUGAUGUUGAUAAAGAAUGGCCUCCACGAGGAUUUGGUGAAUGGUGAGUUGGGAAUAGUAGAAGGCUUUGUUACAAAGCCAAUCUAUCAAAAUUUCAUUGCAAGAUUCGGCAGUGAGUCUAUCGAAGCUAGGUCCAAACUUUUGAGGAAGAUCAGUAUGAUAUUAUUGAAUAAAAAACAUAUCACUAACGAACCAGAAAAUGAUGAUUUGUCCUUAGUUGAUCCACUGACGGCAGAAGUAAUCACCCAAAUUAUUAGGAGUUUUGAUCCUUCGGAUAACCUUUUCCCAGUUGUUACGUUUCAGAAAAUGAAUGGUUCAAAACUGAACUUUUUUGUUGAGCCAACAGACUUUUUCUACGAAGCUACACCUGGUAAGGAUGCUGAAUUUAUUCGACAGCAGCUUCCAAUUAUUCUAUCAUGGGCAAUGUCCAUUCAUAAAUCGCAAGGUCAAACCCUGCAGAGAGUCAAGGUCGACCUUCGUAAGGUUUUUGAGAAAGGCCAGCUCUAUGUUGCUAUAAGUAGGUGUGUUUCCUCCAACGGUUUGCAGGUCUUGAACUUUGACCGCCGCAAGGUAUUCGUAGAUGAAGAAGUCAUUUCCUUUUAUAGAUCUCUUUCCCAGUAG